AAAAAAAUUAAACCAUCUUGGUCCAUUGCAGUUGAUUCAUAACUUACAUUGCAGAACUUAGUUUACAAUUUUUUUCUUCUUCUUUUUCCCUUUCCAUCAGCAUAUUAUGGAAGAAAGCAAGGAUGACCAAGUUGAGGAAAGGACAUCAGCUCUUUCCCCUCCUCCAGCAAUGGGGUCUAUGCAAAUUGCAGGCAGCAAUGGCUUUGCUCACAGCAUUGAGUUCAUGUCUCAAACUUAUCUUAGGAACAGGUACUCUGAGAUAGACAUUGAAGAUAAUACCACACUCAACCUUAGCAAAGAUCAACCUCUUCCAAUCUUCCUAAAGUUUGAGGAUGUGGAGUACAAGGUGAGGAACAACGGCCAGGCAGGAGGUUCAUCGAUGAAUCCGGUGAAGGCAGUGGUGUCAAAGGUGGCUUCACAGCUGAGUUUGGAGCAGGACAACUACAAGCAGAUACUAAAAGGGAUCACAGGAAGCAUAGGGCCUGGUGAGAUCCUGGCUCUCAUGGGUCCUUCAGGGAGUGGCAAGACAACGUUGUUGAACAUAAUUGGAGGGAGACUUAAAGACAAUGUCAAAGGCAAAAUCACUUACAAUGACAUUCCUUACAAUGCAGCCCUUAGGAGGAGCUGGAAAAAGAACAGGGUUGGAUUUGUGACACAAGAUGAUGUGCUGCUUCCCCAACUAACAGUGGAAGAAACAUUGGUGUUUGCUGCAUUCCUGAGGCUCCCAGGGAACAUGAGCAGGCAGCAGAAGUAUGCAAGAGUUGAGACCAUCAUUAAAGAUCUAGGUCUGGAAAGAUGCAGGCACACAAGAAUUGGGGGAGGAUUCAUCAAAGGAAUAUCAGGAGGAGAAAGGAAAAGAACCAGCAUUGGCCAUGAGAUUCUUGUUGAUCCUUCACUACUGCUUCUUGAUGAACCAACUUCAGGCCUCGACUCCACGUCUGCGAAUCGCCUACUCCAUAUUCUCCAAGGAAUAGCUAAGGCAGGAAGGACCAUCAUCACAACAAUUCAUCAACCUUCUAGCAGAAUCUUCCACACAUUUGACAAGAUCCUGCUGAUAUCGGAUGGCUACCCGGUUUACUAUGGUAAAGCUAGGGACUCCAUGGACUAUUUUGCUUCGUUGAGGUUCAUGCCAGAGAUAGCCAUGAACCCAGCUGAGUUCAUGCUUGAUUUGGCCACUGGUCAAGUCAAUGAUAUCAGUAUCCCUCAAGAUAUAUCAACUGCUGCUGCACCUCCAGGAGCUCAGAAUUCCGAGAAAGAAGUAGUCAAGGGGAUGUACAAGACUCAACUAGAGCCAAAAGAGAAGGAAGACAACCAUCGAAACAAGAAGGCUCCCGAGCAUUUGCAAGCGGCUAUCCAAGUGAAGAAGGAGUGGACAUCAAGCUGGCUGGAACAGUUCAGGAUAAUAUACAAGAGAACAUUCAAGGAAAGGUGUAGGGAUUACUUUGACAAGCUGAGGCUAGUCCAGGCCUUAGGAAUUGCUGUCCUUCUUGGUCUUCUCUGGUGGAAAUCCCAAACUGCAACUGAGGCUCAACUUAGAGACCAGAUUGGUCUGAUGUUCUACAUCUGCAUAUUUUGGACAUCAUCGUCAAUAUUCGGGGCAGUAUACGUGUUCCCAUUUGAGAAGAUAUACAUAGUGAAGGAAAGGAGAGCAGACAUGUACCCACUGAGUGUUUACUAUGUAUGCAGUACUUUGUGUGACAUGGUGGCUCAUGUUUUCUACCCAACUUUCUUCACCAUCAUUGUCUACUUCAUGGCUGGUUUCAAGAGGACUGUCCCUUGCUUCUUCUUGACUUUGAUGGCCAUCCUUCUCAUUGCCAUCACCAGCCAAGGUGCAGGGGAGUUGUUUGGAGCUGCAAGUUUGAGCAUAAGGAGAGCAGGAAUGUUCGCUUCUCUUCUACUCAUGUUAUUUCUCCUCACUGGUGGCUACUAUGUCCAGCACAUACCGAGAUUCAUGCAGUGGCUCAAGUACAUGUCGUUCCUGUACUACGGAUUCAGGCUGCUGUUGAAGGUGCAAUACGACGGGGACCAAAUGUACGAGUGCCAGAGCGCGGGAGGGUGCAGGCCGCUGCAGAGCUCUCCAUCUUUCGACACGGUCAACCUCAAAGGGGGGCUGCAAGAGGUCUGGGUGCUGUUGGCCAUGGCGCUUGGGUUCCGCUUGCUUGCCUACUUCUGUCUCCGCAGACGGAUCGGGGCUUCCCACUUUUGAUUAAACCACUGCUAAUGUGUUGGUUUAGGAAAUAAUUAAGAACAUGAUGAGGGUAUUGAUUGAUUAUGUAUCAUCAUCUGCUUUUCACAGAUAAUACGUUCGAGACCUUUUUUUCUCGUAUUCAUUCACUUGCAAUACGAAAAUGAGUAUCACCU